GCUAUGUGAGAUUCAUGUGUGGCUAAGUUUCAAGGAAGGAUGAACAGUUUUAAGAACGUGUUAAGUUGGCGAUCGAUUCAACCUCACCUAUGCACGUUGGCCGUUGCUCUGAGUUUCGGCAGUAGCUGGCGUGCACCACGAGACGCGUUUCGCUAUGGCGGACUAACCAGCGCUGUUGUAACUUCAGUUGCUGCGGUACUAAUAGCGCUCCCUGCGGCGUUACUCCAGCUCUCUGUAGGCCAGCUCAGUCAACAAGACGCUGUGGGAAUAUGGAGGGCCGUACCAUUCUUCAAAGGAGUUGGAUUUAUUAGACUGUUGAUAUCAUUCAUAUGCGCUUUAUACACGGUCGUCUAUGUAGCGAUCACUAUCACAUACAUAUUUCAUACAUUAAACAAUCCUAUUACUAUGUUAGAGUGCUCAGUACGUUUAGAAACACCGGAAGGUGAUGUAGAAAUUGUUUAUAACUCAACAAGCUGUUUAAAAGAAACCUUUUUGGCUCCUAUCGGUGAACAGCCAGAAUAUUAUAUAGCGCUGGCGUUUAUUGUUAUUGCACUUUGGAUACUGUUUCCUUUUAUCCUUUACAAUCCAGUAAAACUUAUGAAAAGGAUUUUUUAUGCCUUUAGUUUUCUAGUUCUCUUGCUAGGAGUAGUAAUAUUAUCGUUCGUGGGGAAAAGAGAGGAUGUACCAUCACUGGUUAAUAGUGAAGACUGGGUUAACUUCGUGCGACCGAAUAUUUGGCAUAGUGCGGUGGUGCAGGUUCUACUGUCUAACCAGAUAGCUGGGGGUUACCUCAUUUCCGCUGGCGAUUCGAUAUACGCCAAUACUAAUAUUCAGUGGACAACUUUGACGUUUGUCGGCGCAAACGUUUUGGCUGGUUGGUUCGGAAUCCUAUUCUGGUUUGCGGUGGCAGGCUCUGAGGUUAAGGAGACAAAUAAUCUGGCUGUGAUAGUCCAGAUCUAUAAGGUAUCAGCCGAAAGGAAUUUAGACACCGCAUGGUCGAUCCUCGUGCUCGCUAUGUUGUCCAUCUCAGGAAUGAUUACUAUGCUAACUUUGCUAUACCCGUUGUACGAUCGUUUUCGUCGUGUUGGAGGGCACAAAUGGCGACAUAUAUCUGUCGGCAGUUCCGCGAUAGGUGCAGCGGGGGCUCUCGUUGUAUGCAUUUUUGGACACUCAGCUCUGGCAUUGAUGGAAGAUAUCGUAAUCCCUUGUCUCGUUAGCUUCACCACGAUACUUGAAAUAUGCGCCUUCGUUUUUAUUUAUGGAUGGAAACUGUUAGUAGAAGAUAUCGAGUUCCUACUAGGAAGAAACCUUCCUAAGUACUGGGUGUGGGGCUGGUGUUCGGUCCCUGGCAUCAUAAUGUCAUUCACGCUAUGGUGGAUCAUCGCCUGGUUUAUGAACAAACCGGACUGGCUCGAAGCGCCGUGGGAGUCAGCGGGUAUCAUUACCAGCAUCAGUGCAGUUUUGGUUCUGUUUUUAGUUUUUGCUGCUAUAUCAGUGGCAAAACAAGUGCAGUAUGAUAUUUUGGGGAAACUGAAGUCAUCGUUUAGGCCUUCACGACACUGGGGGCCUCGGGAUCCGAUCACUCACCACUACUGGCUGGCUAGGCGCGAAGAAGGUGAUGGAAACUUACCUCGAGCGCGGUUUCGUCGACAACAGUUAGGACAGCUCUCCGGCAUUGCAAACUCCAGUCUAAGACCACAGAGAAAAAUCCAAGACAAAUCUUUAAAGACAAUUCGUUCAAAUUCUGAUGAUUUAUUGGUUAUUUCAAGAAAAAACUUUGUUGCGGAGCUCAAUCAAAACAAUCUAAAGAAUAGAAAUCGUUCCAAGUCUUUGGACUGUGAUGCAAUACUUACUGUACAACUUCAAAAUAUAAAACGUAACAUUUUAAUAGAUCAAUUUGCUUCCGGAGAUUCUGUAAGCAAUCGAGAAAAGAAUAAUAAUGUUAAGAAGACCUUUAGUGAUUUAUAGCUUGCCCAUAUAAAUGCAUAUGGUGUAUGAUUUGUGUUUAUUAUCUCUAGUCACGCUUUGAAACAAGAUGUAC